AGUAAAGAAUUCACUAAUUAUCUUUGGUAAUUACGUCCCUCUAUAUAUGUGGGACUUGAGAGUUGGAGUACGUGGUUGGUGAGUGAAAAAGAAAAUUUAAAGCAGGCCUUCCAUUCAAGUUUUUCUAUAUGAAUAUAUCUUCUUUUUAGCUCCUCUCCAUGUUCUGUUCAUCAGAUUUGAAGGGUACUCUUCGCUUUUCAAUGUGGAGACAGAUCAAUCAUUUCUGAGGGAGUUGAUUCUAUAGAAGACAGAAAAGUUUUGAAGAUGACCAUGAUGAAAAAGGGUACAUGGAAAUGUAUCAUCAUGAGUUGUUACAAGACUGAGCCCUUGCCGGAAUCCGAAAGCCAGGCGUUGACUCAUAGUUCUUUUCGUAGGCUAUCCCUUUCGGAUGUGAAUAAUCCAAGUUCACCACUCUCUGUUGAAGAUCUGUCGAAUUCUUUCGCUGGUCCGAAACUGCAUAUUUUCACAUUUGCAGAGCUAAGAGUCAUCACACAGAGCUUUUCAAGAAACAAUCUCCUUGGUGAAGGUGGGUUUGGACCAGUGUACAAGGGGUUUGUUGAUGACAAGCUUAGGCCUGGAUUGGAGGCUCAGCCUGUAGCUGUCAAGUCUCUGGACUUGGAUGGUAUGCAAGGCCACAACGAGUGGAUGGCCGAAAUAAUCUUUCUUGGACAGCUGAGGCAUCCACAUCUUGUUAAAUUGAUUGGAUACUGUUGUGAGGAGGACCAAAGGCUCCUGGUAUAUGAGUACAUGCCAAGAGGCAGCUUAGAGAAUCAACUCUUCAGAAGAUACUCAGCUACUUUGCCAUGGUCAACUAGGAUGAAAAUUGCACUUGGAGCAGCUAAGGGCCUGACCUUCCUCCAUGAAACUGAUAAACCUGUGAUAUUCAGGGAUUUUAAAUCUUCAAAUAUUUUGUUAGACCCUGAUUACACUGCAAAACUCUCAGAUUUUGGGCUUGCGAGGGAUGGUCCAGAAGGAGAAGAGACACAUGUCACAACACGCGUAAUGGGUACGCAAGGUUAUGCUGCUCCUGAGUAUGUCAUGACUGGUCAUCUCACAACCAUGAGUGACGUGUACAGCUUUGGGGUAGUUCUGCUAGAGUUAUUAACCGGUAAACGUUCCAUGGAUGAGAACCGCCCAGGUCGAGAGCAGAGCCUUGUAGAAUGGGUAAGACCUCUGUUGAAGGACCCAAACAAGCUGGACAGGACUAUAGACCCAAGACUUGAAGGGCAAUUUUCCACUAGUGGAGCUCUAAAGGCAGCUGCAUUAGCUUACAAAUGCCUAAGCCAUCAUCCAAAGACUAGGCCCACAAUGAGCUGCGUGGUCCAGGUCCUGGAGUCUCUUCAGAAUUUUGAUGAUGCAUUUGUCGAACCUUUUGUGUACAUAGUACCAAAUGAAAAUGGUAGCAAGAAAUGCUUUGGAAUGGAGGAAGGCGUCAAAAGUGAAGGAGAAAAAGAUGCCAGUGAAGAAAAUGAACACCACAAAACCAGGCACCAUCACCGUCGCGGUUGGAGACAUCGGAUCAAACUGCCUUUAUCAAGAGUUGCUUAUUCAGAUUCUGCUCUUUAUGAGAAUAUUGGCAAUGGUUUUAGCUCUCCCUACACUCCCAGAAGAGAGGAAGUAUAGAUAGCAUAAAUACAAGCACAUAACAAUGCACAUUAUUUUUCUUUUCCCCAAGAAUUGUUUCAAACCCCUCUUGAGUUUUCACAGAAAAGAGAUACAAGAGGAACAUUACUCAAAUUGUAGUAAAACUGCACUGUAAUAAAAUUUCAGAUUUCUGCUGGCA